UUUCCCAAACAAAUAUGUACCUGGCACUGGGCUUGAUUCUUUAAUUAUGGCGUACUUUCAGCCAACAGGACAGAAAAGACUGACAAAUGUAGCAGUGGUUAGACUUAAAAAAGGAGGCAAACGAUUUGAAAUAGCCUGUUAUCCAAAUAAAGUCGUUUCAUGGAGAAAUAAAGUAGAAACUGACAUAGAUGAAGUUCUUCAAACACAUGCAGUUUUUGUCAAUGUAUCAAAGGGAGAAGUUGCAAAGAAUGAGGAUUUGAAGAAAAUAUUUGGCACAGAUAAUCAGUCAGAGAUUUGUUUGCAGAUACUGAAAAAGGGAGAGUUGCAAGUAUCCGAUAAGGAACGACAUGCGCAGCUAGAAUCUAUGUUUAGAGACAUUGCAACAACAGUUUCAGAAAAGUGUGUGAAUCCAAAAACCAAUCGUCCCUACACUGUCACUUUGAUUGAAAAGGCCAUGAAAGACCUUCAUUUUUCGGUGAAACCAAACAAAAGUACAAAACAGCAGGCCUUAGAAGUUAUAAAGCAGCUGAAGGAAACACAGACUAUUGACAUACAGAGAGCAUUGAUGAGGCUUAGGAUAAUGGUUCCAGGAAAAGAUGGAAAGAAAGUAAAGGAAAAAUUGAAGAAACUUGCAACUAGAGUGGAAGAAGAAGAUUUUUCUCCAGAUCUUGAAAUGGUCAUUUUGGUUGAUCCAGGUUGUUUUCGGGAGGUUGAUGACCUUGUGAGAACUAUUACUAAAGGCAAAGGUCAGUUGGAAGUUAUCAGUCUGAAGGACAUUGAAGAAGGAGAUGAGAUGUUAUGACAGCAUCAAUUAACAUGGCUUUCAACACUUCCACUGCCUCUCAGAGCUGCAGUCAUUUAGUGCAGUUACCAAAGUCAAUAUUUUGACAAAUGUGUAAUAUUUCAAAAAGAAACAAUAUUAUAUUGAUAUAUUGCAUAAUUUAUUGCAGCAAACAAGUUUAAAUACACACUUUUUUGUACCUUUAAGGCUGUGGCCAAAUAGCCAUAUUGAGCUAAUAAAUAAAAUGACAUUUGUUUAUGUCAAUGCAACA